CUCUCUACACACACACAGAGACUCAUCAGUAAACCAUUUUUCUCUCUCUCCGUUUCUGAAAAGAUUUUUGUUUCUUCUUCGGGAAGGUUUCUUCUGCUUUCACAAUCACAAUGUCGAAUCGUGGCGGUCACGGCGGCGCUGGUCGUGGCGGCAGAGGAGGACGGAGGUCUGACCACUCUUCUUCUCACGGUGGCCGUGGUGUUCCUUUUCCGUCUAACCAGUCUUCUUCUCACGGUGGCCGUGGUGUUCCUUUUCAGUCUGACCAGUCUUCUGGUCGCGGUGGCCGUGGUGUUCCUUUUCCGUCUGACCAGUCUUCUCCUCACGGUGGCCGUGGUGUUCCUUUUCCGUCUGACCAGCCUUCUUCUCACGGUGGCCGUGGUGUUCCUGUUUCUCGCGGGAGAGGUCGUGGUAACGUCGGAGCCGGAGAUCUGACGGCGACGCAAGUUCCUGUUUCUGCCGGGAGAGGUCGCGGUAGCGUCGGAACCGGAGAUCCGACGGCGAGUCAAGUUGCGUCUUCUUCUAAGGCGACGGUGUCUGUUGCUUCUUCUUCGUCUAAAGAGGGAAGCAAUGUUACUACUACGGAGGUUUCUGACGCUGCUGCGGCGUUGUCGAAGCUUCAGAUUACACCGACGGAGACGAAACCGGAGGCUACGCUUCCACCGGCGUCGUCGAAGGCGGUGACGCAUCAGUUACGGCCAGGGCGUGGUACUGUGGGGAGGAGAAUCACUGUUCGUGCGAAUCAUUUCCUUGUUCAAGUUGCCGAUCGUGAUCUCUACCACUACGAUGUUUCGAUCACUCCUGAGGUUAUAUCAAAGGCAGUGAACAGGAACGUGAUGAAAGUUUUGGCUAAAACAUAUAAAGAUUCUCACUUGGCAGGGAAGAUUCCUGCGUAUGAUGGAAGGAAAAGCAUCUAUACUGCUGGUCCUUUACCUUUUGAAUCGAAAGAGUUUGUUGUGAAUCUGACGGAAAAAAGAGCUGAUGGUUCUUUUGGGAAAGACAGACAGUUUAAAGUUGCUAUAAAGAUGGCGUCAAGACCUGAUCUUUAUCAGUUGCAACAGUUUCUGCGUCAGAAGCAAAGAGAUGCUCCUUAUGAUGUUAUCCAAGUUCUUGAUGUUGCUCUCAGGGAUACGCCCUCUCAAAAUUAUGUCUCUGUUGGGAGGUCUUUUUUCAGCACUGGUUUUGGUAAGGGGGACCUUGGAGAUGGUAUUGAGUACAACAGAGGUUAUUUCCAAAGUUUAAGGCUAACUCAGAUGGGCUUGUCGCUGAACAUUGACGUUUCAGCAAGAUCAUUCUAUGAACAGAUUGUUGUCACAGACUUUAUUAGCAAGUUUCUGAAUAUAAGGGACUUAAACAGACCACUUAGGGACUCAGAUCGGCUUAAGGUGAAGAAAGUUUUGAGGACACUAAAAGUUACGUUGGUACAUUGGAAAAACGAAAAAAGUGCCAAGAUUAGUGGGAUUUCCAGCUGUCCCAUCAGUCAGCUAAGGUUCACCUUAGAGGACAAAUCAGAGAAGACGGUUAUACAAUAUUUUGCUGAAAAAUAUAAUUAUAGGGUGAAAUACCCGUCUCUACCUGCUAUCCAAACUGGGAGUGACGCAAGACCUGUCUACAUACCCAUGGAACUAUGUAAAAUUGCUAAAGAGCAAAGAUACACCAAAAGGCUCAAUGAGAAGCAAGUGACGGCGUUGCUAAGAGCUACCUGCCAACGACCUGCAGAGAGAGAGAAAUCAAUCAAAACGUUGGUUGUGGAAAAUAAUUAUAACGAUGAUGAUGUGAGCAAGGAGUUUGGGAUGUCAGUGACUUCCCAACUGGCCUCGAUUGAAGCUCGUGUACUUCCUCCGCCAUUGUUGAAGUACCAUGAGAGUGGUAAAGAGAAAAUGGUAAAUCCACGCCUAGGACAGUGGAACAUGAUUGACAAGAAAAUGGUUAAUGGAGCAAAAGUUACGUCUUGGACUUGCGUAACUUUUGCUACACGGAUUGAGCCAGGUUUACCGCAAGAGUUCUGCAAACAGCUGACUGGGAUGUGCGUCAGCAAAGGAAUGCAACUUAAUUCACAGCCUAUUAUUCCGCUCAUCUCUUAUCCGCCUCAAAGAAUUGAGGAAGCUCUCUAUGAUAUCCACAAAAGGGCACCUGAUCUCCAACUAUUGAUUGUCAUAUUACCUGAUGUGACUGGAUCGUAUGGAAAAAUCAAAAGGAUCUGUGAAACAGAAUUGGGGAUCGUCUCUCAGUGUUGUCAACCAAGACAAGUUUCUAAACUCAAUAAGCAGUACAUGGAAAAUGUCGCAUUGAAGAUCAAUGUCAAGAGUGGGGGAAGGAACACUGUUCUUGAUGAUGCUAUCAGAAGAAACAUACCUCUUAUUACUGAUCGCCCAACCAUAAUCAUGGGUGCUGAUGUUACUCACCCGCAACCUGGAGAAGACUCGAGUCCAUCUAUUGCCGCUGUUGUGGCCUCUAUGGACUGGCCUGAAAUAACAAAAUACCGAGGAUUGGUUUCUGCUCAGGCUCAUAGGGAAGAAAUCAUUCAGGACCUGUAUAAGCUGGUACAAGAUCCCCAGCGAGGGUUAGUCCACUCUGGUUUGAUAAGGGAACACUUCAUAGCAUUCAGGAAAGCUACGGGACACAUACCUCACAGGAUCAUAUUCUACCGUGAUGGAGUAAGCGAAGGGCAAUUUAACCAGGUUCUGCUCCAUGAGAUGACUGCUAUACGCAAGGCUUGUAACUCUCUCCAGGAGAAUUAUGUCCCUCGUGUCACUUUUGUGAUAGUCCAGAAACGACAUCACACUCGGUUGUUCCCUGCUCAACACGGGAAUCGUGAUAUGACUGAUAAGAGUGGCAAUAUUCUUCCAGGUACUGUGGUUGACACUCAAAUCUGUCAUCCAAAUGAGUUCGACUUCUAUUUAAACAGCCACGCUGGUAUACAGGGAACAAGCAGGCCAGCGCAUUACCAUGUGCUUCUCGACGAGAACGGUUUCUCAGCUGAUGCCUUGCAAACGCUAACCAACAACCUUUGCUACACGUAUGCAAGGUGCACGAAAGCAGUGUCAAUUGUGCCACCAGCUUACUACGCACACUUGGCUGCUUUCCGAGCUCGCUAUUACAUGGAGAGUGAGUUCUCAGAUGGAGGCUCGAGCAGGUCGAGGAACACAACAAGUGGAGGUCCAGUCGCUUCGCAGCUCCCAGCAGUAAAAGACAACGUCAAGGAAGUGAUGUUUUAUUGCUGAUGAAGUGACGAUAAUUCUCUCUUUGGCCAGUUUUAAAUGCCGUUAAUAAUUUUAAAAAAAACUAUAUUCGGCUCUCGGGUUUUUUUUAAUCUCCUUUUGGGUUUGGCUUGGAAUAUUCUGAAGGACGCAGCCGACUUUUUCUCUUAGGAUUAUAUUUAUGGGUUUUGCUGUUGACGAUGAUGGUCUGAUGACUAGUUUGUCGUUUGUGAAAAACAAAGCGUUAUUUAUGGAUUUUUGGAUAA